GUGAAGUCGUACCGCCGCGGUGCAUUCUGGGAAUAGGAAGCGUAUGCGUUAUUGUUCCGGUUUGAAGGGCGCCAUCGGCAGCAUCGCCGUGUCUUCAAAUUUAUAAAUGAGUGACGUAGCAUCAGACACGGAGCUCCCAGAUAGCCCCGAGACGUAUGGAGACAGCGUGGACUACGACCUGGGAAGACCUCUCGACUCUGACGACCUGAGCACGGACGAGUCAUCAAGCAGCAAAUCUGAGGACGAUCAUGACUGUGACUAUAGAGCAGCUCAAAGUGAUCCCAGCUACACAGAAUCAGAUGAGGACACGAACUCGAGCUUGACAGAGGCUGGGGAUUCUGCAGACAAUCCCAGACGAGGCCAGCCCACCCACGACACUAACAAGGACUCCAUCUGCAAAGAGUGUGGCCGAGGGCCCUUCAGGUCCCUCAAGCUACAUCUGCGGCACUGUACCAGCGUGAUGGGCAUAAUGUUUCAGUGCUUUCGCUGCAUGAUGAGCUUUCCCAACGAGGCGGCUCUCAAGGAGCACCGCACCUUCUUGUACUCCUGUGACAGCUGCGGCCAGGUGUUCAAACACUGGGACCUGCACCAUAAGCACCCGCCCCCCAACAGAGGCGUCUUGCGCUUGCUCUUCUUCUGCUCCGAAUCCAUGCCCAAAGUGUGCGCCAUAUGCAAGUGCUUCUUUGUCAACGAAAAGUGUCUGUUCACCCACGUCACCAAAGUUCACACGUCUGUGGUCAGCACCAAGGUGCGCAUCAUGAAAAGAACGUCAGGAUUGACUGACAAUAAAGUGCCGUCCAAUGUCGCCGCCACGAGUACUCCCGUCGUCAACAAUAAGCAGGUCAUUAAUGGACAGCUGUUGACGGACCAUACGUAUUCUUCUGCUAAAGUCGAGGCAAGCUUCCCUGUCCCAGCACGCUCAGCUCCACAACCCACCAUUCCGCCCGUGUUUGAUAGUCAAAGCCAGGCGCUGGCCUCGACGAAGCGCACGAACACAAGCUGGCGCUCCAAAGCGCCGCGACCCUGCAGGCAGUGCGGCACCAUGCUGCGGCAGCCCUACCUCGCCAUUUGCCACCGCUACCUCCACCGCGGCCGCCGCUCGCACCGGUGCCAGUGCGGCCGGGCUUUCAAGCACCGGCUACACCUCCUGCGGCACUGCGUGCAGCACGCCGAGGCCGAGAGCUACAUCUGCGUCAACUGCGGCAACACGUUCACCGGAGCUAGACUCUUAGCCAAGCACCUGGGGACAUGGAAGGAAAAAAAAUGUCGAGGAAAGUGCACGAUGCCCCUCGCGUGCAGCUGUGGACAUUUCUUUUAUAGGGCCUCUGCCUACAUAUGGCAUCAACUUAAAAACAAUGUGAAAACCAGACAUUUGAAAACCUCUUUAAAUGACAAGCACUAGUCCAAAAGUGUCAAAACCAAAAAGAAGUCCUUUUUCAAAACCACAGGUUUGUUUAGAAGGCAAACACACUCCACACAGCUUUUAAUUCCAGGCAUUUCCUGGACAGUUUUUAAAGACGUGCAAAUUCCAAGUUAUUUUGACAACAUAACAGAAUACAAGAAAUGUAUUUUUUGUUUAAGCUCCAGUUUAUCCCCUCCAGAGAGAUAGUUUCUCCAGUUGUGCGAGGUUUUCUCACAAAGUGCUUCCUUUCCAAUGAGGUAUCUGAUUUUAGAUUUUUUUGUUUGAAUGGAAGAUGCACAGUGAACCCCCGCUGUUCGCAGGGGAAAGGGACCGAGCUUUGCCGCAAAUAGAAAAAUAAUUAAGUGAUGUCCCCUUUGUAAUUGCAUAUAGAUGCCACAAGCUGGCAGCAAAGAUCAUAAAGCAUCAAGACCUUGCUACAGUAUCAAGAACACAUUACAUAAGUGACUGUAUUCAGUAAUUAUUCAGCACAAACAAAUCACCUUCACAAGAGGCUCAUCAAUAGUAUCAGCUAGCGUGCUAGCACAAGCUGAGGUGAUCAUCACACAUGUGCAAACAAUAAUGUGCACUUGCACAAAAAAAAGGUAUGAAGUCAUUAAACUAC